CCGCCCCAAGGAAUCAGCCCUAUAAAUACGAGUUGCUCAGAACUAGGGUUUCAGCCUUCUUAAUCAGCAACUUCACGGCUUCUCUGUACUUCGACAACAAUGCCGAAGCAAAUUCACGAGAUCAAAGAUUUCCUUCUCACUGCCAGAAGGAAGGAUGCACGCUCUGUGAAAAUCAAGAGGAGCAAAGAUGUCGUCAAGUUCAAAGUUCGAUGUUCCAAAUAUCUUUAUACUCUGUGUGUUUUUGACUCUGAGAAGGCAGACAAGUUGAAGCAGUCUCUUCCACCAGGUUUGAGUGUCCAAGAUCUGUGAAAAUAUGUUUGGUUAAAGCCUUCUCAAAUGAUCACGAGAAGAGGACUGGAUUUUUGUUUUAAUGGGUUUUUUUUUUCUUUUGCUCCAAGGAUUUAGAGAUACAAUUUAAGGCGAAUGGAUUUGAAGUUGUAGGAAUUCAUUCUCUCUUGUUUUCUGAUGGAUUUGUUGAAAUUUAGACUUCUUGUGCUGAGUUUAUUAUGGGAUAUCCAAUUAACGUUUCAGUAAAAUUAUGAACUCUUACGGAGUUUCGAAUGGAAAGUUAGAUGGGAACAAAUUCGAAAAUU